UACUUGUGUUUUAGUGAUGACUACCCUUUCGGUGUUCAUGGAUGUGCCCCUAGCCCAGAAGCUAGAAGGCAGCUUGUUAAAGACCUACAAGCAAGACAGUUGUCCUAACAAGAUUUUCCUGGCCUUUAGAGGUAGAUACCUUGUGGUUUGGGAGUGUUAUAAGACUUAGUACUCAUAUCCUGAUUGCCUCUAGGAGGACAGUCUGCCCCUGCUGCAGAGGAACCUGGAGAUGGUCACGCCUCUGCAAGUGGAGAGCUCUGUUCUUGUUAACAGAAUUGCCCUGUGAGAAAAGUACAAAAAAAUGCUCUGGGUCAUUCUGUGCCCUUUGCCCUUAGCUGGGGGCUUCCAGGGGUUUGGUAAGAGCUACGUCUUCUCCUCCAGCUCCAUGUUUCGGGGUCUGCAUGGGCACUAUAUUUUCUUUAGUCUCUUCCUUCUCCCCACCCCUCCCCUUUUCUGUUCCUGAACUAAGAAGGGUACCCCAAAAUGACUCUUCUGAAAUGCAGCCAGCCCUUGCCACUGUGAAAGUUGGGGUUACCUUUGUUUAGUCUCAUGGGUCUAGAACUCCCAUGUGGUAUGUCAUAUUUGCCCUUUAAAAUGGCACAGACUGGGCGCCUGGGUGGCUCAGUGGGUUAAAGCCUCUGCCUUCGGCUCAGGUCAUGGUUCCAGGGUCCUGGGAUCGAGCCCCGCAUCGGGCUCUCUGCUCAGCAGGGAGCCUGCUUCCUCCUCUCUCUCUGCCUGCCUCUCUGCCUGCUUGUGAUCUCUGUCUGUCAAAUAAAUAAAAUCUUUUAAAAAAAAUAAAAAUAAAAUGGCACAGACUUUAAAAAAAAAAAAAGGCAUGGCUUUAGCUGUCUACUUUAAAAAGACAAAAAUUAGACAUUCACUCCCAGCACCUUGUUUUUAUAAAGGGGAAGGAAAAAAAAAGAAAGUUGUCUUUUCCUAGACAACUUUCCAAAGCCCCAAUAAAGCCAGGACCGAUGAGUUGUUUGUGGGCUGUCUGCAGAGCCCAGACUCAGAGGCCCUGAGGUCGGCCGUCCAGAGCACCCCUGUGGCUUCCCUCACAGUCUGCCAGACCAGCAAAGGCCAGCCCUGGGUGUCUUCUGUGGUGCCCAAGAUACGCCUGCAGAUCGCCCAGGAUCCAUCUCUGAACUACGAGUACCUACCAGUGAACGGCAUGAGGUCAUUCACUGAGGCGGCCUUGAAACUCCUCUUCGGAAAGCACAACCAAGUCAUUGUGGAGAACAGGGUAGGGGGUGUGCACAUUGUUGGUGACAAUGGUGCCUUCCAACUUGGGGCCCAGUUCCUCAAAAUCUGGCGUAAAGAUUCUCAGAUAGUUUACAUUAUUUCUUCUAAAAAAGGUGAGUUAUUAUGCAAAAUGGGGAUGACAGAAGAUCCUUCCCUCCUGUUCCCGAGUCCCACCCCAUUUGCCAUCUUCACGGUUGCCCUUCUCACUCUCUGUCAUGAGCAAGAUGGCGGACAAGCCAAGUGUGCUUGUCCUUUUCCUGUUAUCGUCCCACCUUCUGCCAGUGACCCUCAGACCCAUUCCCUGACACGUCUGCCUCCAUUUCCUCAGUACCAGCUGGAGGGGGGCUGUGUUCCCACAGAACCCUAUGGACUCGUCUUCCAGGACAUGGGCUUUACAGUUCGUGAAUACUCCUUCUGGGACUCCAAGCAGCUGUGCAUGGAUGCCAAUGUGCUCCUCAAUGUGGCAGAGCAGGCCCCGCAUGACUGUAUCUUUGUGAUUGGGAACAUUUGUGACUGCAACUUGACACAAAGUCAGUGGGCAAUGUUGAUGGCUAACUUGAAGGUGAGCCCAACAUCUGCCCAACUUCCUUCCCUCAUGCCGUCUAUCAUCUCCUCCAUCAACCUCAUCCUUUUCCCAUUCUCCUUUCUCCUACAGAACAAGCGGAUAUUCCUAUUUUUUGACAUUUCCAAUCAAGGUUUAUCCACCGGGGACCUGGAAAAAGAUACUGGAUUCUUACAGUACUUUGUGUCUCAAGGCUUUGAGUUCUUCUGCAGCCAGUCUCUGUCCAAGAAUUUUGGCAUCUAUGAUGAAGGAGUAGGGAUCCUGGUCGUGGUGGCACUCAACAACGAGCUCCUGCUCUGCGUCCUCUCCCAACUGAUGAAACUCACUCAGGCCCUGUGGCUAAACCCUCCUACAACUGGUGCUCGCAUUAUCACCUCCAUCCUCUGUAACCCUGCUCUUCAGGAAGAAUGGAAGCAGAGUCUGAAAGGGCUUGUAGAGAACAUCAUGCUGAUCAAGGAAAAGGUGAAGGAGAAGCUCCGACUCCUGGGAACACCUGGCUCCUGGGAUCACAUCACAGACCAGAAUGGGUCCCAUAGCUAUCUUGGACUCAAUAUCCAACAGGUGGAAUACCUGAUCAAGAAAAAGCAUAUCUACCUCCCCAAGAACAGUCGGAUCAACUUCACCUGUAUCAAUGCCCACAACAUAGAUUAUAUCACUCAGAGCAUCAACGAGGCUGUCCUCUCCACCAAGGGCUUGGACUAAUGUCUUCAGAAAAUUGAUGAGCCCUGGUUGGAAUAAAAAGCUUUAGUCUUCGCAAAAA